GUACCGCAAUAAAAGUAACUUGUCUACACUUCAAAACACAGGAAUAGAGAGAGAGAGAGAGAGAGAGAGAGAGAGAGAGAGAGAGAGAGAGAGAGAGAGAGAGAGAGAGAGAGAGAGAGAGAGAGAGAGAGGGAGAGAGGGAGAGAGAGAGAGAGAGAGAGAGAGAGAGAGAGAGAGAGAGAGAGAGAGAGAGAGAGGAGAGAGAGAGAGAGAGAGAGAGAGAGAGAGAGGAGAGAGAGAGGGAGAGAGCAAGAGAGAGAGAGAGAGAGAGAGAGAUAGAGACAUUGAGAGAGAUAUAGAGAGAGAUAGGGAUGAUCGAAGGGUUGAGUGUGAGAGUGAAAGAGAGAGAGAAAGAGAGAGAGAGAGAGAGAGAGAGAGAGAGAGAGAGAGAGAGAGAGAGAGAGAGAGAGAGAGAGAGAGAGAGAGAGAGAGAGAGAGAGAGAGAGAGAGAGAGAGAGAGAGAGAGAGAGAGAGAGAGAGAGAGAGAGAGAGAGAGAGACAUAGAGACAUUGAGAGAGAUAUAGAGAGAGAUAGGGAUGAUCGAAGGGUUGAGUGUGAGAGUGAAAGAGAGAGAGAACGAGAGAGAGAGAGAGAGAGAGAGAGAGAGAGAGAGAGAGAGAGAGAGAGAGAGAGAGAGAGAGAGAGAGAGAGAGAGAGAGAGAGAGAGAGAGAGGGAGAGAGAGCGAGAGAGAGAGAGAGAGAGAGAGAGAGAGAGAGAGAGAGAGGGAGAGAGAGAGAGAGAGAGAGAGACGAAAGAAAGGGACAUGUCACCCACGCCAUGCCGCCAUUCGCGCCCACGCCUCCCGAGCUCCAUGGCGUCCAUUCGAGCGAGUUCCGCAAGAUAUCAAUCACUUCACUACUACGACGACAACGCGAUCGCUACGAGUUGUGCAACUCUGCGACCCGCUUCCUGUUCGUAUCGUAUUGGCUUACGACACGCGUGCUUUCGUAUUCCCUUCCCGAUCUACUUUGUCGUCCGAAGCCGGCACCACCACCUCGCUAGAUCCCUUAGCUUCAGCCGUCUCACCGCCAGCGCUCCUGACCUGUCCAUCUGUUCACUUCUCUCUUCCCUCUUUCGACUUCUUCUCCAUCCACCGCUGUUUAAUAGCGCUACUGCCAUCAGCAUCUAACCAUGGCCGCCUGGCUACUAGCCGCCGCGUCCCGCGCAGCCGGUUCUGCCUGCACCCGCAGAUGCGGCUCCAUGGCGCUACUCCCCGCACUCGCCGCACAAGGAGGCCCCGCACCGUUCCCCUCGCUGGAACGUUUCAGCAGCAGCCACGUGUUCGAAAUUCCCCGCCGUGAAGGCGGGGCGAACCCGUGCAGGCACUACAGCCGCAGCCACAGCGCGGCGGCAGAGUACGGGCAUGGCACCCGGCCCACGAUCGUCUCGACCUCCUCCGACGGCCUCCGCGUCGCGACGGAAGCGUACGCGGAUCCGACCGCGCCCAACACCGCGGCCGUCGGCGUGUGGGUCCACACGGGAAGCCGGUUCGAGAGCGGCGCCCCUCACGGCACGGCGUACUUCCUGGCGAAUAUGGUGUUCGAGGCAUUGCAGAGGCGACUCGCGGAACAGUUGGGGAUUGGAGGGGGGAAACAUGUGAACGCGUACUGCACGCGCGAGGUCACGGCGUGUAUCGCGACGGCGUAUGUCGGACAUCCCCGCCGCUUUGGGCAUUCUAGGCGUCGUUCUGCAAGAGGCGGCGCUAUUUAGCGCGGAUGCUGUGGAUCGCAAACGCAGCUCGAUUGUGCGCAGGACUAAGGAGGCACGUGUGCUACGGAGAGUACUGUAGUAGGCUUCGCUGGUAGCGCAGGUAGCCAAUAUAAAGGUGGUUGUGUACAGUUGCGGCCUUGGUGUGUACCACUCUUACUAGAAUGGACAGCAGGGCCUACAGGGGACAACGCAGUAUGGAGUUUGAUAGAGAGGCAAGGGUCUUUGAUGGAUUUAGGAACCUUGGGAGAGGGAGUCGCUCUCAUCACUGUCGGCCUGUCGCGCUUCCUACGGACCCUUGCCUGUCGUGCUUCUUGCGGACCCUUUUUACUUUUAACCGUGGUAUACAAGCACUUAGAAACAUCAGUGCCGCUGCAAGACCUUCGGCGUCUCGAACCUACAGUGGCUCGACCCUUUUCCUCAACCACCCCCGUCCCUCUCUCUCCGCCACCCCCCCUUUCCCUCUUCCUCCCUCCCUCUUUCUCCACGCACCCACCAUCCUGUCCCUGGUGUAGCGCUCAGCCACGUACUGCUGCAGGAUCUGCCCCGUGAUGCGCUGCGCGCUCGCGCCCGUGCCCAUGGGCCAGCGUGCCAGAGGGUGCUGCGGCGCUCGAUCGUUUCCUCCUCUGCGGGAUUCUGCCCCUGCACACGCAAGAGACACACGGUGGGGGGAGGCGGAGGCAAGGGGAAGCAAAAAUGAAGUAUUGGGGUGUUGUUGCGAGGUAACCCUUUAAAGCUCCAAGGCGGUGCUGUCGAGAUGUCUCAGUUUGGUAUUAUUUCCACGUGUGUGCCACUCUUUCAUGUCUGUCCCUUCUUCCCACGCCCUCCACUCCCCCCUGGCCCCUUCGUCUUCCCAUUCCCGCAACUUUUAGAAGGACACAAGACCGCUUUCACCUUUCUUCUCAACUCUUCCUCUGUCCCCUUUCUUCACCCUUUCACUCUCUCCCUUUCUUGUGCUCCACCCACUUCCUGGGCCCCUUAUCUUUUUUGCUCGCCGUCCCUCCCCUACUCCCUUGCCCUCCUUUUCCUGUACCUCUCCCAUCGCCGCUUUAAUUCUGUAGUCA